UCCAAGACCAACUUCUCCAACAACAAUGAUUUUCGGGCCCUUCUGCAGUCUCUUUAUGCCACAUUCAAGGAGUUUAAAAUGCACGAGCAGAUUGAAAACGAGUGUAUCAUUGGCUUACUGCAGCAGCGCAGCCGGACAGUGUACAACGUGCACUCGGAUAACAAGCUCUCCGAGAUGCUUAGCCUCUUUGAGAAAGGAUUGAAGAAUGUAAAGAAUGAAUAUGAACAGCUAAACUAUGCGAAACAGCUGAAGGAGAGAUUGGAAGCGUUUACCAGGGAUUUCCUUCCUCAUAUGAAAGAGGAAGAGGAGGUUUUCCAGCCAAUGUUGAUGGAAUACUUUACUUAUGAAGAGCUGAAAGAUAUUAAGAAGAAGGUAAUUGCACAGCACUGCUCACAGAAGGAAGAGGCAGCAGAAUUCAGAGGUCUUAGUAAGUGGAAUCAAGCAGAAGAGCUUCAGAAGGUCUUUAAGUAUUCUGUGGACGAGAAGGCAGAUCAAGAAACUGAAGUAACAGGGCACACCACAAAUAUUGUUAAUCUUCCUCCUGAAGUAAUGCUGACCAUUUUCAGUUACCUUAACCCUCAAGAGUUAUGUCAGUGUAGUCAAGUAAGCACUGAAUGGUCACAGUUGGCUAAAACUGGAUCUCUCUGGAAACAUCUUUACCCUGUUCGUUGGGCCAGAGGUGAUUGGUAUAGUGGUCCUGCAGCAGAUCUUGAGAUGGAACCUGAUGAGGAAUGGGUGAAAAACAGACAAGAUGAAAGUCGUGCUUUCCAGGAAUGGGAUGAAGAUGCUGACAUAGAUGAAUCUGAAGAAGCAGCUGAAGAUUCACUUGCCAUCAACAUAGCACAAAUGGAAAAACGUUUACUUCAUGGCUUAAUUCAUAAUGUCCUCCCGCACGUAGGCUCCUCAGUGAAGACAUUAGUACUGGCCUACAGUUCUGCAGUGUCUAGCAAAAUGGUUAGACAGAUCUUGGAGCUUUGCCCUAACUUGGAAUAUUUGGAUCUCACUCAAACUGAUAUUUCAGAUUCUGCAUUUGAAAGUUGGUCUUCAGUUGGUUAUUGCCAGCAUCUACGCCACCUUGAUCUGUCAGGAUGUGAAAAAAUCACAGACGUGGCUAUAGAGAGGAUUUCCAGAGCACUGGGUGUCCUACCGACUCACCACACCAGAGGUAUUCUGAAAAGCUGCAGGAGCAGGAACGCUAAGACUUCGUGGAAAAACAGAGAGAUUACUCUGCAGUCCAACAAGAAGUAUAAUUGCUUGCAUGAAAUCAAUAAUGAAAACCUCAUUGAGGGAGGAGAUGGUGAGCAACACUGGACUAAAUCUGAUGGCUCAGAAAACUUCAGUUCUGCUUAUGUGUGGAUGCUAGAUGCAGAUGAUUUAGCUGACAUUGAAGAUGCUGCGGAGUGGAGACACAGAAAUGUUGAAGGAUUUUGUCUUAUGGAACCAACAUCCCAUAUUAAUUGUUCUGCAUCAUGCUACAAUAGAGACAUUUAUGGAUUAAGGACUAGAGGGUGGCAGCAGCACUGUGCUUCUACGGACUUGAUUUACUGCGGUCACUCAUUUUGUUGUGCUGGGACAGCACUAAGAACUAUUCGAGCACUUCCAGAAUCCUCUGCACUGUGUAAAAAACCAACAAGGACUAAGCAGUCAGAGAAAAAAGACUCAUCAUACUCUGGGAGUGAAAAAACAGAUGAAGAGGCUGCACGAGUUCUUCAGUUUCUCAGUCUGUCUGGAUGUUACCAGAUCACAGACCGUGCUCUCAGGGCAUUGACUCUGGGAGGAGGCCUGCCGCACCUGGAGCACCUCAACCUCUCGGGCUGUCUCACUGUAACUGGUGCAGGCCUGCAGGACUUAGUGUCUGCGUGCCCUUCUCUGAACGAUGAACACUUUUACUACUGUGACAACAUUAAGGGUAAUGCCUCUUGGUGGAGAU